GUGACAAGUUGACAUUGACAUAUCUGUCAACCUCCUUUUUCUUUUCACCGCUGGUUAUGGACGUUUGUUGGACGUGAAAUUCCAUCUCAUUCGUAAUCCGUAUUAAUCGGAGUGUUUUUAAUUUAUUAGUUAUUGCACUGAUAUUAAUACACAUUCACAAUGCCGCCUAAAUUAGAUCCUAACGAAAUUAAAAUCGUAAACCUAAGAUGUGUGGGUGGAGAAGUCGGUGCCACAUCAUCUUUGGCCCCAAAAAUUGGUCCUCUUGGUCUGUCUCCCAAGAAAGUGGGUGAUGACAUUGCAAAGGCCACUAGCGACUGGAAGGGUCUCAAGAUCACAGUCCAACUCAUUGUUCAAAAUAGGCAGGCUCAAAUCUCUGUAGUGCCUUCUGCAGCUGCACUCAUUAUUAGAGCUCUCAAGGAACCUCCUAGAGAUCGCAAAAAGCAGAAAAACAUAAAACACAGUGGUAACAUCACUCUUGAGGACGUCAUCGGAAUAGCCAAGGUGAUGAAGCCGCGUUCCAUGGCGCGACACCUCUCUGGCUCUGUCAAAGAGAUCUUGGGCACGGCGCAGUCAGUGGGUUGCACGGUCGAGGGCAGGCCCCCACACGACCUCAUUGUGGACAUCAACACUGGUGCACUUACCAUUGACGAAUAAAUGAAUUAACAUAU